AUGGCGUUUUUUUUUAACAGAAGACAAAAAUCUGUUCAAGAUGUAGUGCGUGGAGUAAAGGAUGGAAUUCAAAGAUUAGAAACAUUAGGAUCUAUGGCCGAUAAAAAAAGAGUACAGGAAGAAGUAUCUCGGAGUCUUCAAGCAAUGAAAGUAUUAUUAUAUGGUGAUAAUGAUACUGAUCCUGUACCUGAUCAAGUUACACAAUUAUCUCAGCAAGUAUAUCAAACGGAUUUACUUUAUUUAUUUGUAGUUAAUUUUGUCCAUCUUGAAUUUGAAUCUAGAAAAGAUGUUACAUCUAUUUUUAAUGUUUUUCUUAGAAGACAAAUUGGGACUCGUUAUCCCACUGUUGAUUAUCUUGCUACAAAAGAAGAUACUCUUUUCAUUCUUGUUAGAGGUUAUCAGAUUCCUGAAAUUGCUCUUCAUUCUGGUCUUAUACUUCGUGAAUGUUUUAAACAUGAAUUACUUGCAAAAAUUGUACUUUGGAACUCCGUAUUUUGGGAGUUCUUUACAUAUGUUGAAAGUGGAACAUUUGACAUAGCUAGUGAUGCUUUUCAAACUUUUAAAGAACUUUUGAUUCGACAUAAAAAUAUAUCUGCUGAUUUCUUACAAAAUAAUUAUGACGAUUUUUUUGAAAAAUUUACUAAUCUUUUGAACUCUUCUAAUUAUGUUACAAAGCGACAAUCUAUAAAGCUCCUGGGUGAAAUUCUUCUCGGACGAUCUAAUUUUAAUAUUAUGACAACGUAUAUUCAAUCUUCUGAAAAUCUUAAGCUUAUAAUGAAUUUAUUGCGUGACAAAAGUAGAAAUAUUCAGUUUGAAGCAUUUCAUGUUUUUAAAGUUUUCGUUGCAAAUCCUAAUAAGACAAAACAAGUUUUAAAUAUUCUUAUUAAAAAUAAAAAUAAACUUUUGAUUUUUUUAUCUAAUUUUCAUAAUGAUCGUAAAGAUGAUGAGCAGUUUAAUGAUGAAAAGACGUUUCUAAUCAACCAAAUUGAGGCACUUUAG